UGGGGGAAGCGACGGCCUGCUUUUGGAGAGGAAAAUUUGGGCUUGCGCGGCGGAGGGUCGGUUACCGCGGGUGGCUUUAAGGGUCCCGGGUUGGGCCGUGGCCGUGGCCGUGGCCGUGACAUGUGGGAUGUUAGCUCCCUGACCAGGAAUUGAACCCAUACUGCCUGCAUUGGAAGCCUCAGAUGUGUUCUGCUGGACUCUACUGCGGAUUCACCUCUGGGAAGUCUCCCAGGAUCCUGCUUGUUGCUUUCAGGGUACCCAGUUUCAGCUUAAGUGGAGAACUUGCUGUGGAAGCCACCGAUAAAUCCAUUUAAUUUAUGGAGGAGACUGCAAAUGAUGGAAGUCAUUCAGAAGAACUCUUUUCCCAUUUUGAAAUUAGAUCAGAGAAAGAACAUUUACCACAGGAUGCCAGUGAAAAUCAUCUCAGCUGCCUAAAGCAGGACAUCCAAAAUGAGAAGACCGAAUUGGAAGCAUUGUUUAAGGAAGCCGAGUUAGCAACUUGUUCUGCAGAAUUACUUCUGCCAUUGUUUAAGGACACCAUUGAAGAGAUUAGUUUUGAAAAUAGAAGGGAAAGUUUAUCCAACUUGUUAGAGAAACUAACUGAUAAUGAAAGUGAAAACAUUAAUCUUAAGAACAAGGUACUUGAAAAGGAGACCUAUAUCCAAGAACUUUCUUCUUUGUUUCAGAAUGAAAAGGCAAAUGCUUUGAAAGCAAGCCGUUUUUCACAAUCAGUGAAAGUAGUACAUGAACGACUGCAGUCCCAAAUUCAUAAAAAGGAAGCAGAGAAUGAGAAAUUAAAAGAACACAUAAAGAGCUUAGAAACCCAAAUAUCAGAAUGGAAUUUGCAGUUGAAAAAGAAUAAGUAUGAGGCUGUAGCAAUGAAAGAAUCAAGUAGGCAAAAAACUAUUGCUCUGAAAAAGGCAUCUAAAAUUUACAAACAAAGGAUUGAACAUUUUACUGGAGACAUGGAAAACCUUACUUCCAAAAUUAGAGAGCAGGAAGCCAAGUUGUCUGAAACAGUUUCAGCUUCCAAUGCCUGGAAAAGUCAUUAUGAGAAAAUAGUAAGAGAGAAAACUGAGUUGGAAGUUCAGAUCGAAACAAUGAAAAAGCAAAUCAUUAAUCUUUUGGAAGAUCUAAAGAAAAUGGAAGAGCAUGGAAAAAUUUCAUGUGAAGAAAUUCUUAGAAAACUUCACUCAAUUGAAUAUGAAAAUGAAACUCUGAAUCUUGAGAACACAAAAUUAAAGACUACACUUGCUGCUUUGAAGGAUGAGAUUGCCUCUGUUGAAAAUGAACUCUUAGAAUUGCAAGAAGUAGAAAAACAACAGAAAACCCUUAUUGAAGUUUAUAAAACUCAGAUACAAAAGCUGCAAGAAGCAGCUGAAAUGGUAAAAAGCAGAUGCAAAAAUUUGCUACAAGAAAAUAGCCUAAUAACAAAAAACAAAAAUAAAAAAUUAAAAAAGAUGAGAGGCCAGAUGGAGUCUCAUCUGAAGGAGUUAGAACGUGUCCGCGAUUCCUUGACGGCGGUGGAACAGAGGCUUCAGGAGUGUCAGGAGAGUCUGCAGCACCACAAAGGGAAGUGUGCAGACCAGGCACACACCGUUAGGGAGCUUCAGGGCCAGGUUGACGAAAAUCAUAAUCUUCUGACAAAGCUUUCUCUGGAAGAGGAAAAUUAUCUUAUUCAGUUAAAGUGUGAAAACCUUAAACAAAAAUUAGAACAGAUGGAUGCAGAAAAUAAAGAACUUGAAAAGAAGCUGGCAAACCAAGAAGAAUGUCUUAAGCACAGCAAUCUUAAGUUUAAAGAGAAAUCUGCAGAAUAUACAGCACUGGCCAGGCAGCUGGAAGCUGCUUUAGAAGAAGGAAGACAAAAGGUUUCUGAAGAAAUAGAGAAAAUGUCAUCUAGAGAAAGGGCUUUACAAGUCAAAAUAGUAGAUCUGGAAAAUGAGCUUAGAAAGAAAAAUGAAGAACAAAAUCAACUUGUUUGCAAAAUGAACAGUAAAGCACAACAUCAGGAAGUAUGUUUGAAAGAAAUACAACAUAGUCUUGAAAAGUCAGAGAAUCAAAAUGAGAGUAUUAAGAAUUAUUUACAGUUUCUUAAAACCUCUUAUGUAACAAUGUUUGGAUAAAUUUUUGGCUUUACUUUCUAUAAACAAUAGAUUUUUACUAUGAGUAAAAAGUAAUUAGGUAAAAAUUAAAUAAAUAUGUUAUCUGUUGCUAUACUUUAUGAUUUAUGAGUGGUGCUAUUAGGCUUUUAUGUAAAGAUUUUUGAAACAUAAUUUAUUAUCCAGUUGAAAUUUUAAAACAAGAUAUAUGUUAGUAUUCCUUUUUUGCUGGAUAGUCUUCACUUAACUCUGGAUUAAUAUCUAUUUAAUUUAUUUUGGUUUCUAGAAUAUUUUAUACACAGAAAAGAAGCUAGAAUCAUUCUUUGUGACUAUAGCCACCAUUCAAAUGAAUUUGUAAUAAACCUCAGCCAAUUAUAAGCCAAAUACAUGAUUUUAAAUAAUGUAUGUAAUUGUUUUACAUUAUAUAGUGCUAUAUGUGUAUAUAUUAAUAUAAUAAAAGAAAAUACUCUGAAUAUUAUUUUUAAUAAUGAUAUAAUUGCAUACUUUCUAAAGUUGCCAAAUGUCUCAGUGUACUUAAUAUUGUUUCAAAUAUAUGCUAAAAUGCCAUUAUAAUUUCUGUCAGGUUUUAAAUAUAGAAUUUUAAGUCAUGGCUUUAUUAAAUGCCAACUGACAGUGACAGAUGAAAACACGGCGGCAUGCAUUCUUUAUAAAGAAUAGGUCUUUAGUCUCUCCUGUGAAUUUAUAGUCUCUUUUUGUUCAUCUUAUGUUAGUGAUUGAUAUUAUUAGUGUAGACAUUCUGAAACCCCUGAGUUAACUGAGAGAUUAAAGAGGAGUGAUUUUUCCUACCCCUUCCCAUGGCCAACUCACAUGGGAUGAUCAAAAUAAACACUCUUAAUACCAAGAA